ACGCCAGUUGCACACCGCAUGAGCUACCGUGGUACCACGUAAUGGCAUGCUCUCUCGGGCUUCAAUCACGUUUAGAAAAUGUAUCUGCGCCAGUGUCACACAGGCAAACGGGUCGGAGAUUCAUGCGAUAAGCUGUUGAGGAUGAAAUAGUGCUGUGGUGCUCCUUGGAAGCAGGCCAGUGUCUUUGAGAGAGAACGUUUAGCGGGGAGAUGGGAUGUCUUGGCACCGUGGAACUGUUUGCUUAUUUGCACUGAGGGAAAAGAGAGGAAGGGCUGUGUCUGACUGAAUUCCAGUGAUCAACAUUUCAGCACGGACGACAUACAAUACGAUGGAAAUGAUGCUGCAGCCUUUUUAGGCCGUAGUCCUCCCGGACUGGAUUUUUAUUUUUAUGUCAGAUGUUUGAUUAAUUAGGAAUCAAUCGACAUCUUUGUUGUGUAGUUUCAUCCUGGUGAGACCCUGAAAUCCAAAGAUGACUGAGGGGCGUCGAUGUCAAGUGCACCUUCUCGAUGACAGGAAGCUCGAACUUCUUGUGCAGCCCAAACUCCUGGCGAAAGAUCUGUUGGACCUGGUGGCUUCACAUUUUAACCUGAAAGAAAAGGAAUAUUUUGGAAUAUCCUAUACAGAUGAAACGGGCCACUUUAGCUGGUUGCAGCUUGAUCGCCGAGUACUGGAACAUGACUUCCCCAAAAAGUCAGGACCGGUUACGCUGUACUUCUGUGUCAGAUUCUACAUUGAAAGUAUAUCCUACCUGAAGGACAAUGCCACAAUAGAACUGUUUUUCCUCAAUGCAAAGUCUUGCAUUUACAAGGAACUGAUUGAAGUUGACAGUGAAGUGGUCUUUGAAUUAGCCUCCUAUAUUUUGCAGGAGGCAAAAGGAGACCAUAUUAGCAUUGAAGUCACAAGAGCUGACUUGAAGAAACUGCCAGCACUCCCAACUCAAGCACUGAAGGAGCACCCUUCCCUUGCUUACUGUGAAGACAGAGUUGUAGAGCACUACAAGAAGCUAAGUGGUCAGUCCAGAGGUCAAGCAAUUGUAAAUUAUAUGAGCAUUGUGGAAUCGGUUCCCACAUAUGGAGUGCAUUAUUAUGCAGUAAAGGACAAGCAGGGUAUUCCUUGGUGGUUGGGACUAAGUUACAAAGGAAUAUUUCAGUAUGAUCACCAUGACAAAGUGAAACCAAGAAAGGUGUUCCAAUGGAGGCAGCUUGAAAACCUGUACUUCAGGGAAAAAAAGUUUUCUGUGGAAGUGCAUGACCCGCGCAGGGCAUCAGUGUCGAGAAGAACCUUUGGGCACAGUGGAAUUGCAGUGCAUACGUGGUAUGCCUGUCCUGCACUGAUAAAGUCUAUUUGGGCUAUGGCUAUUAGCCAGCACCAAUUCUAUCUGGAUAGAAAGCAGAGCAAGUCAAAAAUCCAUGCUGCCCGAAGCUUGAGUGAAAUAGCUAUUGACCUGACAGAAACUGGAACACUAAAGACCUCUAAGCUUGCCAACAUGGGAAGCAAAGGGAAAAUCAUCAGUGGGAGCAGCGGCAGUCUUCUGUCCUCAGGUUCCCAGGAGUCUGAUAGCUCCCAGUCUGCCAAGAAAGACAUGCUGGCUGCACUGAAGUCCAGGCAGGAAGCUCUGGAGGAGACACUGCGCCAGCGUCUGGAGGAACUCAAGAAGAUUUGCAUACGAGAGGCGGAGCUAACAGGGAAAUUACCUAAAGAGUAUCCCUUGGACCCAGGGGAGCAGCCUCCUGCUGUCGAACGGAAGAUUGGCACUGCCUUUAAACUGGAUGAACAGAACAUUCUGCCAAAGGGAGAGGAGGCUGAGUUGGAACGUCUGGAGCGAGAGUUUGCCAUCCAGUCUCAGAUCACAGAGGCAGCGCGUCGAUUGGCCAGCGACCCCAAUGUCAACAAGAAACUGAAGAAACAAAGGAAAACCUCCUACCUGAACGCACUAAAAAAACUGCAGGAAAUUGAGAAUGCAAUUAACGAGUAUCGUAUCAAAUCUGGAAAGAAACCAACGCAGCGGGCUUCUCUUAUUAUAGAAGCAGCAAAUAUUGGCACUGAAGACGGUUCGCUGUCAGACUCCUUUGUUCUUGAGGAUGACGAUUCUCAGGUGACCAGCACCUUUUCCCCUACAGCCUCCCCUCAUAAAGGUCUGCCUCCCCGGCCUCCUUCCCACAACAGACCUCCACCUCCACAGUCCCUGGAGGGGCUCAGGCACUACCAGCGCAGCGACUACGACAAGUCUCCUAUCAAACCCAAAAUGUGGAGCGAGUCUUCUUUAGAUGAGCCAUACGAAAAAGUCAAGAAGCGCUCUUCUCACAGUCACUCCGGUCACAGGCGCUUUCCUAGUUCAGGGAGCUGUGCAGAGGCUGGAGGGAGCAACUCUCUGCAGAACAGCCCGAUCAGGAGCCUCCCCCACUGGAACUCCCAGUCGAGUAUGCCAUCCACCCCGGAUCUACGUGUACGGAGUCCACAAUAUGUCCAUUCCACAAGAUCAGUUGACAUCAGCCCCACCCGACUGCACAGUUUAGCACAGCACUUUAGACACCGGAGCUCCAGCCUAGAGUCGCAGGGCAAACUGCUGGGUUCUGAGAACGAGACGGCCAGCCCUGACUUCUACACCCCACGGACACGCAGCAGCAAUGGCUCGGACCCCCUGGACGACUGCUCCUCCUGCACCAGCCACUCCAGCUCCGAGCACUAUUACCCUGCCCAGGGCAACCCUAAUUACUCCACUCUGGCUGAAGACUCCCCUUCCAAGGCAAGGCAGCGACAGAGGCAGCGGCACAAAUCAGCAGGGAACCUGGGCUCCUCCAACUCCGGCAGCAUGCCCAACCUGGCUGCUAAAAACGGGGGUGCUCAUCACGGGGUGUACCUGCACAGCCAGAGCCAGCCUUCCUCACAGUACCGCAUCAAGGAGUACCCGCUGUACAUUGAUGGCAGCCCCACGCCGGUUGUGGUGCGCAGCCUGGAAAAUGACCAGGAAGGACACUACAGUGUUAAAGCACAGUUCAAAACCUCCAACUCUUACACAGCAGGGGGGAUGUACAAAGACAGCUGGCACGGGGAUGAGGGGGAAGGCAGUGGCCGGUUGACCCCCUCCCGCUCUCAAAUCCUAAGGACUCCCUCGCUGGGGCGGGAGAGCGGGGGCAGGACUGCCGUGUCGGACGAGCUCAGGUGCUGGUACCAGCGCACCUCAUCCACCCUCAAAGAGCACAACAGACUAUCGCACACCAGCUCCAACUCCUCUGACAGCGGCUCACAGUACGGCACGUUGCAGAGCUCCUUCAUGGCACACAGCAGGAAGUCCAGGAUGUCUCAAAUGUCCAAAGCAUCGUCAGCUGUCUCACCUCACAGGCAGAGGAGCAUGACACCGAACAGCGAGCCUGCAGCCACGCCACCCAGCAGUCCACGUCAUAUCCUAAGCUGGCAGAGUGGUUCUAGGUCCUACAAUGACAGCUGUUACCUGGAGAGUUCCUUGUACACUGAAUUAGCAGAUGUCCAGUGGUAUGGGCGAGAAAAGGCCAAGCCUGGGACUCUGGUCUGAACUCCUGUUUUACUGUUACCACAUCAAUGUCAUUCUGAGAUCGCACAAUACCAUCCUAUUAUUUGCCUUAUAUGGGCAGUAUUACCCUCCACUAGCUUCAGCUCCCGUCACUUCUACUCAACAAUGAUCAAUGCCAUGGUUAGGGACUCUGUGAACUGACUGAGCUAUGGUACCCUAUAGACUGUCAGUGGUUGGUACUGGUAUUCUUAUCCUUCUGGGUGUCUGACCAUGAACUGAACAUUACCCACUGACUGGCAGAUGCCACCUGAUCAGCCAUUAGGCCAGCCUUCCAAGAAGUCAACAGCAUUCAUAGUCAGUUUUGAAUUCACUAAAAUAAAAUCUCUGUAGAAAUGCUGAUGUUACAAAGAAGCCACUAAGCUCUGUGGUCUCGGACAUCUGAUGUUUAUUUCCAAUGCAAUACUAAUUAUGUUUUAUUUGGUGCCAGCCCAUGGUCCCAUAACAAAGUUAACCUUCAUAGAGUUGUCUAUGUGUUCCUUCAACCUACAUUGUAUGGAUUUUGGAAACAACAAAACUAAAAAAGAAAACAAAAGAUACUAACCUUGUACUGGACCAAUAAAUACAAAAUAUGAAAAAUGUUAAACCCUGCUUUUGAUUUUUUUAAAUAAUUGGAAAAUAUUAAGAAUAUUUUUCCCCUAAAUGUUUUGAAGCAAAAAAUGAUUCAGAAUCCACAAUCAAAAAGCACAUGUUUUUGGAUGAGCAGCAUCUGCCAGCUGCAAACAUUUGUAAUUAUGAUGGAGCAUCACAUUAGCUGCUGAACUACCAAAGAUAAAAAGAACAAAAAAAAAGAUAUGGGACUUUACAGAGGUUUAUCUGAAAACUACUUCACUUGAAGAAGCCCCAGUCCAAUACACAUUAUUGAUCUGUAACUGAAGGACUUGAUACUUAGGUUGUUUUACCUAUAUUAGUCUGUUUCCUUCUGAUUUUCCUGUGUUUUGUUACUACCCCAGGCACUGCAGUGUUAUUCAUCUUAAAGCCAAUAAAAGCAGAGGAACAGUUUUUUGCAAUAUGCAAAAAAAAAAAAAAAAAAGAAAAAGAUUGACCUGGAUCCAGGUUUUUAUUUUAGCUACAUGCUUUCACUGACACACAUUAUUUCCUGCCAAUCAUCACCAUACUCAAAACUGUUUUUAUAAAAUCAAUGUUAUUUUAGCAUAGGUAUUGUUCUUGUCUAUUGUCAUAAGUUUGUUUUGGCUAGUGGCAUUUUUAUUUAUUUUUUUGGUUCAGCUUGCAAGGUUUAAAAAACAAAUGAUAAAACUCUCAAAUUGUUUGGAACCUUUUUUUUUUUAACAGUUAGGAUAACAUACAAUUUUCCAUUUUAGAUAGCUCAGUCCAUAAAGGUUCAUAUCUCAGGCUUAUUAUCAGUGCCCACCUUUCUUCCAUAAUGGCAAAGGCAGGGCCCGCACAGGUGCUUUACCCUCAGGUGCUCCAUUGCCUGUACUGUAACAUCACUGGAACAGCUAUGAAACAAACCUGUAUUCCUGGAACUGUUCGAACAUGGCAGUUUACUGUGGUGGGUGGGUUAAAGGGAGCGUUUUGCCAUCAUUUUAACCCUACAUUGUGGCUUAAUAGGUCACACACAUGAUUAGGUCAAACUUAGUUUGUUAUUAUGUGACUUUUAUAAGUCAAGAUUCAUUUUUAUCUACAUUCUGCCUUACAGAACAAAAUGCAGGUUUGUACCAAGCUGUGGGUAUAAGUUGUAUGCUAUAAUUGAUUGCCUUCUGCUGAAGAAUGCACAGUAUUCACAUGCAGUAUAUGGACCUUGGUUUAGACUGUACACUUUUUAUAUGAUGUAAAAAGAUACUGGGAACCGUUUAGUCAGUAACAUGUAUAGCCAUAAACAGACAGUCUUAAGUGUGCUUUUCAGAAAUCUGUGUACAGAAACAGUCCAAAAUAAACAAAUUAAUAAGCAACUUACAAGCUGUUUCUGUCCCAUAUAAAGGAACAAAAUAAUUGAUAUACACUUUAAUUCAUGAAGCAUCACUUGGCUCAGUUUAUAGUUAUUUUAAUAGUGUUUCCAGUUAUGUGAGGAAGGGGUAACACCAUGUACCCAAUUCCUGGGUAGUAAGUGUUAUUUCCUAAUUUGCUUAUGCCUCAAAGGUAUAG